AUGGCCGUCGGAUUUGCGGACCCCGCCAAUGGUUUUCGCUACAUUGAGGUGGUACGAUUUAUCAACGAUGAAAUUUUAAUGAAUGGUGGGGGCCAAGACUUCUACUCGAUCUUCCACUUGCGAUCCUGGAAUGAGAUAGAGGAUGGCCUUCAUAAUACCUUAAGUGACCAGCACAUGCCGCGUAACCACAAGAGGGCAUGUGCCUGGAGUGCGCUAGCCUUGGCAGUGCGGGCACUUGCCAGACAGCGGGAACAACACUUGCGUCUUGUCAGGGAGCUGAAGGAACAGUUGGGAAGCCGAGAGGCGCUUUGUUGGGCCUUGGCAUCAGAGAUGCAGCAGCUGCGCCAGCAGCGAGACCAGGCCACGGCACAGCUGUCCCUUGCAAGAUCUGCCCUGCAGCGGGCACAAAGUGAGUGUGAUGCAUUCCGAGAGAAGCUAUUCCAGUAUGAACAGUUUGCGCAGCUUGUCCCGCUAGCACAAGGUAUAGUAACUGGGACACAUGCUGAGCAAUUUGGGCCUGCAGCCUGGCCCAUAAAUUCUGAGCAGCAAAGAGAUGUAUGGGCUAUGAGAGAGCAUGGAAACAUAUUUUCUGAAACUCCAGUACCAAACCAAACAAGGGCUGUUUACCUGCCAAGUUUGUGGGGCCCAAAUAUGCUGUCUCCUUUUCCAGCCCUAGUACCUCAGUUCUUCCCAUUGCAUGCACCUUUCCCAAUGAAUUUACCAUCCUUGCCAUGUCCAGCACCUAUAAUAGUCACCGAAAAAGAGGCUGGAGUCCCAUUUCAGAUGCCCCCUGUGGGAAUCUACGCACUUGGUCUAUCUGCUUCAGGAGGGUCCCAGGAGGAGAUGGCACCUCUGUGGGACCAGAGUCACUAUGACCAGGUGGAAGACCCUGUGAUGCUACAAGAAUCAGUCCUCCCAGGAGACAACAGAAGCCUCAGCCAGAAAGAAGAUCUUCAGAGGUCUCAGAGAAGGAUACAAGAGGAAGAUCCAGAGAUGUCCCUGGAAAUGACACACCUGGAGGACAGAGGGAACCAUAACCAAGAAGAAGGUCCACUGUGCUUCCAGAGAUUGCCUUUCCUCGGAGAAAAUUGCCAUCAUAGCCAAGGAGAUCAAGGGAGGCCUGAGGGUAUAGCUUCCCUGAGGAACAGCAGAAAGUGCAUGCAGGAAGAAGGUGAGGAGGGAGACCAGGGUAAGGCACCCCCAGGUUUCAGUGUUACUCACAAGCAGGCAAAAUAUAUAGAGAGGGCUGAGGGCAUGACUUAUCUAGGCCUCAGCAGGAGCCCUAUCAGGGGAAAUGAUACUGAAUGCAUUCAGCCAAUGACAUCUCCAGGGACUGGAAAAAGCCCUACCCAAGGAUGUGUAGAAAAAGCUCAAGUUGGGAUAUCCUCAAAGUUCAGUACCACCCAGAAAGAUGCAGAAAGACCCCAGUGUAUGACAGCCUCAGCAUUGAGAAAUAACAACCAGGAAGAAAAUACAAAGAGAAUCAAGACCACUGUGCAGAAGAGCUGGAGUCAAGCUGUGAGAGAAAGCCCCAAGAAACAGCAGCCCCAGCAGGGGAAAGCCAAGAAAGCACAAGCAAUAAAAGCUGUGGAAUCCCAACAACAGAAGUGUGUUUCAUGCUCUAGCCCAGUAAGUUGGGUCUGCAUGUGGUGUAGAGUGAUAAAUUUUCCAUGGCGCAGGGCCUGUUAUAAGUGCAAGAAGGUCCGUUCAGCAGCUGAGAGUGGAGAUGCUGACCCUGGACACACUCACUAA